AAACUUCAGAGAUCUUACACUACGAUGGACCAGAAAACGCUGGCACGAGAGUUGGUGCGCGCGAGACUUGCAGAGCUUGUUAAGAUGAAAGCCAUGAUUGAGAAGAUGCACAGCAGUUUGGAGAAGAUGUUAGCAGUUCAGAUGAAGUUUCAAGAGCUGAUCGAAGAGGACGAAGAGCGUGGUUACGAGCUGCAGGCGGGUUUGGACGAUGAAGACACAGACCGAGACAGCGCCCUUUCGUUUGGAGUGCUGCUGGAAAUUGCAGUAAAUAGGCUGAAGGGAUAACACGAAUAUGAAUGGUCUGUAUUGACAGCUUAAUACAGG